GUGGCGCAAAUCGAUCGAGUGCGAUGGCCUGGAAUGAACAUCGAGAUUCAGGACAAACUUAUCAUUGAUUCGCCAGGUCCUCUUAAUCUGGUGUUUCCAGGAGGUUUUGCUGUACUCUCGCUAAUGACCCACACAGCUAUCCAGAAAGUGAUGAUGAAGACAGCAAUCAGUUAUAAUGCCACCUCAUACGUCAAUCAUACCCUCGAGGAUAUUGUGACGGACAACGGGACCAUAAUCCCAGUCAAGGAGAUCCAUGUUGCCACAACCAUUAUCUUCUUUGCUGGAUGUAUACAAGUUCUCAUGGGUGUUUUUCGUCUGCAGUAUCUUACAACGGUAUUUUCGGAACAGGUUAUGUCCGGAUUCGUUGUAGGAGGAGGAAUACAUGUGUUCUUUGCACAAAUUGGUGAUACACUUGGCAUAAAAUUGCCUAGAAGAAGUGGACCUGGGUACUUAUACUAUAGAAUUUGGGACCUCAUUGAGAAUAUUCAUAACAUUCACUGGCCGACCUUAUCCAUCUCACUGUCAUCACUGGCUUUUCUUGUAUUAGGAAAAGAAUUUAUUUCUCCAUGGCUUAGCACUGCUUUCAACUUCCCGGUACCAUUUGAUUUGGUUCUGGAACUAUAUGCUCUAGGUUUUGUUAGCGUUCUCUCGUCCUUCUUCCCUGUGUUUCCAGUGACAUCGGGAUUUGCUCGCAGUGUUGUUGGAGCAGCAGUCGGUGGCAGCACACAGCUCACCUGCCUUUUCUCGUCUCUUGCACUUGUCCUAGUUAUUCUAUAUAUUGGUCCAGCACUAGAAUACCUACCACAGUGCAUUCUAUCCACGAUGAUCAUCGUAUCUCAGAAGGUUAUGUUCGCAAAAUUUGCCGAAUUACGGGAGUUAUGGCCUGUGUUCAAAGUGGAUUUUACCAUAUGGCUCAUGAGUAUGAUCCUUACGGUUUGUUUCGAUAUGGGAGAAGGAUUGCUUCUUGCCACUGGCUUUGCUGUUUCGACAACAAUUAUUCGGAUGCAAAAGCCAAAAUGGCAUUUCCUUUCUCGUGACUGCGACUCGGGCACAUUCAAAGAGACAAAGAAGAAGAAUUUAGAAUUUGUGGGUGGAAAUGUUUGUGUUUUUCGCAUGGAUGCACCGCUUAUAUUCACAAGUAUUGACAGAUUUACUACAGUAAAUCGCUGUCGUCUCGUCAUAGAUUGUGGAGGAUUUCCCUAUGUUGACUAUCUCGGGCUUAGCACAUUGAGAACGGUCGUUGCAGAUCUUAUUGCUGCUAAUGUGCAGACUUUCUUGGUGGUGAACAAGGCAGAUUUGCGGAAACUGUUUGAUGUUACUGAUUUCUACGAGACCGUUGCGAAGGAGCGGAUUUUUGCAAAGUUGGAGGAUGCCGUCGCAUAUGCUGAGGAGAGGUCGGUACUUUCUUUUACUUGA